CUUUGUGAAAUUUUACCAGAGUCGCUGAGCUUGUCCAAAAUCAUGACAUAUGGGAAUAACUAAUUUGUUAGAGUCAUUCACCAUUGCAUAAUCUACGACGAAGUAAUUAAAAAGUCGUAUAAAAUCGGAAGAAUGGUGCACUACACGCAUUACUUUAAAAAAAAAUGUCCACAAGAAAUGUCCUGUGCUCUCUGUUUGUGUUGUGUUGUGUUGUUUUCACCUGUCAUGGCACCAUCGAAGACGAAAUAAGAACGACGAUUCAAAAUGCGUAUUCUGAUUGUAGACAUUACAGGAACCCAGGAAUGGUAGUGUCAGUGGUGAAGGACGGCCAAAAUGUCUUCAGCGAGGCUUACGGUGUCAAAGACCAAAUAUCGCAAGAACCCGUCACCACGGAUACUCUUUUUGGACUGGGAGGAAUUUCUGCACUUUUUGCAAAUAUUCUAAUUGCCAAAAAAAGUGCAGAAUACACUGAGUAUAACAUAGACGAGGACAUAACCCUGAAACGUCUAUUUGGGAAUGACACCCUUUUUAGGAAGUCAAAGUUACGUUCGAGAUACGCUACCACACUAGAUAUAAUGUCACAUCGCCUUGGAAUCAAAAAUACCCCCUAUCUCUUCCUGGACGACUCUAUAGACAGAGGCGAUCCUGCUCUCCAUCGAAUUAAGCAUAUGAAACCAAAGGGACGUUUCAGGGACAGUUUUUACUACAAUGAAUUUGUGUCCUCCAUUCUGACCACCAUCGGCGAGAGGCUUGGCGCAGACAGUUGGGAGAAUCUCAUUGAAAACGAAAUUUUCUAUCCUCUUGGAAUGUCCAACUCUGAGUUCUUCACUACAGUUGCUCCUGCUAUGGUAAACAUCGCCAAGGGCUACAAAGAUGACGAGAACAGUCUGUAUCCAGUUCCAUAUGAAUUUCUAAAGAAAUGGACAAGACUGUGCAGCACCUCAUGCGUAAUCAGUAGUGCAAACGACAUGGCCAAAUUCAUGAACUAUCUGCUAGGAAAUGGUACAAUACCCGGAUCAAACGAAACGUUGUUGAACAAGAGAGAUCAGGAAAAUUUGUUCGAUGCCCACAAUCGCCUGAAAGACCCCAGCGUUGAGGAUUACUUCCUUGCUCCUAAAGUACCUGUAUCGCGAACACAUUGCUCAUACGCCAUGGGAAUAAAGAAAGGAAUGUAUAAUAACAAAAGGAUUCUCGAAGUGGCAGAUGAUUUGCAUGGAUACAAUACAAUGAUGACAUUGUUCCCCGACUACAAUCUAGGUAUAUUCAUUGCUAUGACUGGAGAGGACAAAGACGACCUCUUCCGAACUACCCUCAGCAGCUACAUUACUGACAUGUACCUUGGAGAUCAGACAUGGUUGAACUCCACAACUAUGUGCACCUUUCCUGCCCCUUUCAUGCCUGCCCUGACACAAGAUACUCCUGAAGUACACCCAGAGGUCCCUCUUGGCAGGCUUUAUGAAGAAUUUGUAGGCAACUACACAAACAAAAUUUACGGUACAGCAGAGAUCGUGUUUGAAAACGGACACUUAGGACUGAAGUAUGGAUAUGCAACUUUUGUUCUGAAGAGAGAAAAGACAACAUCUCUCAAAUUUAACAUGUUCCCAUCUGGACUUAUUGAACACAUGUUUUCGGUGGAUGAUUUGAGAUUUAAAGAAAGAAAGGGUUCAUCAGAUAUAGAGUCCUUCAGAGUAGACAAGUUUGACAAUGCUGAGUUUGAGAAAGUACUUCCGGCUACUACCACAACCUCAACAACUACAACACCACUACCGGCAGCAGCUAUACAGCCGGCUGGUGGAAUAGCAAUACCAUAUCAGGGACAAUAAAUCACAUUUUACGAUAAAAGUUA